CGGAGGAGCGCUGACUCUGGAGCAGCCGGAGCUGGAGGAGGAGGAGGAAGCGAGGAGGAGAGGCGGCGGGGAAGGAGGAGGAGGCGGAGAGUCGCUCCCGCCCGGCGAGCAUGGGGCGCCUGGCGCCCAGGCCGCUGCUGCUGGCGCUGCUGUCGCUGGCUCUUUGUCGAGGGCGUGUGGUGAGAGUCCCCGCCGGGAGCCUGGUGCGGGUGGUAGGCACCGAGUUGGUCAUCCCCUGCAACGUCAGCGACUAUGACGGCCCCAGCGAGCAAAACUUUGACUGGAGCUUCUCGUCUUUGGGGAGCAACUAUGUCGAGCUCGCCAGCACCUGGGAGGUGGGCUUCCCGGCCCAGCUGUACCGGGAGCGCCUGCAGCGGGGUGAGAUUGUUUUGAAGCGAACCGCCAAUGACGCUGUGGAGCUCCACAUAAAGAACGUCCAGCCCUCGGACCAAGGCUACUACAAGUGUUCAACUCCCAGCACAGAUGCCACCGUCCAGGGCAACUAUGAGGAUACAGUGCAGGUGAAAGUGCUGUCCGAUGCCCUGCACGUGGCCGCCAGCCCGCCGUCCUCCUUGGGCCAGGGCCUGAGUCUGCGCCUGGGCGAGCCCUUUGAGCUGCGCUGCGCGGCCGCCACUGCAUCCCCACUGCACACACACCUGGCGCUGCUGUGGGAGCUGCGGCACGGCUCCACCUGGCACAGCGUCCUCGCCCUGACCCACGAGGGCCGGUUGCGCCCAGGCCCCGGCUACGAGCAGCGCUACCACAGCGGAGACGUGCGCCUGGACACCGUGGGGAGCGACGGCUACCGCCUCUCCGUGUCCCGGGCCCUGGCCGCUGACCAGGGCACCUACAGGUGCGUCGUCAGUGAGUGGAUCGAGGAGCAGGGCAGCUGGCAAGAAAUCCAAGAAAAAGCUGUAGAUGUGGCCACCAUUCUGAUCCAGCCAACAGUUCUGCGAGUGGCCGUGGGCAGGAACGUGUCUGUGGCUGAAGGGAAGGAGCUGGACCUGACCUGCAACAUCACAACAGACCGAGCAGAUGACGUCCGACCUGAGGUGACGUGGUACUUCAGCAGGACGCCUGGCAGCGCUGUGCCUGGCCCCCGCGUGUUGGCACGGCUGGACCGUGAUUCCCUGGUACACAGCUCUCCACACGUCGCUUUGAGUCACGUGGAUGCACGCUCCUACCAUUUACUGGUUCGAGAUGUUAGCAAAGAAAACUCUGGCUACUAUUUCUGCCACGUGGCAUUCUGGGCACCAGGACACAACAGGAGCUGGCACAAGGUGGCAGAAGCCAUGUCUACCCCGGCCGGUGUGGAUGUGACCUGGCUAGAGCCAGACUAUCAGGUGUACCUGAAUGCUUCUAAGGUCCCCGAGUUUUCAGACGACCUCACUGAGCUGGAAUGCCGGGUUGUGGACAUGAAGAGCACAGAGCCAAGCGUCCGUGUCACGGUGUCCUGGUACUACAGGAUGAACCGGCGCAGUGAUGACGUGGUGACCAGCGAGCUCCUUGCAGUCAUGGAUGGGGACUGGACGCUGAGGUAUGGAGAGAGGAGCAAGCAACGGGCCCAGGACGGAGACUUUAUUUUCUCUAAGGAGCGUACAGAUACGUUCAGCUUCCGAAUCCAAAGGACUACAGAGGAAGACAGAGGCAAUUACUACUGCGUUGUGUCCGCCUGGACCAAACAGCGGAAUGACAGCUGGGUGAAGAGCAAGGAUGUCUUCUCUAAACCUGUCCACAUAUUUUGGGCAUCUGAAGAUUCCGUGCUGGUGGUGAAGGCAAGGCAGCCAAAGCCUUUCUUCGCUGCAGGAAAUACAUUUGAGAUGACUUGCAAAGUGUCUUCCAAGAAUAUUAAGUCACCGCGCUACUCCGUUCUCAUCACGGCUGAGAAGCCUGUUGGAGACCUCUCUAGUCCCAACGAAACCAAGUACAUCAUCUCCCUGGACCAGGAUUCUGUGGUGAAGCUGGAGAAUUGGACAGAUGCCUCCCGGGUAGAUGGCGUUGUGUUGGAGAAAGUGCAGGAAGAUGAAUUCCGCUAUCGAAUGUACCAGACUCAGGUGUCGGACGCGGGGCUGUACCGCUGCAUGGUGACAGCCUGGUCUCCUGUCAGGGGCAGCCUGUGGCGAGAAGCAGCAACCAGUCUCUCCAACCCUAUCGAGAUAGACUUCCAAACCUCAGGUCCUGUAUUUAAUGCCUCCGUGUACUCAGACACAACGUCAGUCAUCCGGGGAGACCUGAUCAAACUGUUCUGCAUCGUCACUGUCGAAGGAGCAGCCCUGGAUCCAGAUGACAUGGCCUUCGAUGUGUCCUGGUUUGCGGUGCACUCCUUCGGACUGGACAAGGCUCCCAUCCUCCUGUCGUCCCUGGACCGGAAGGGGAUUGUGAGCACAGCCCGGAGGGACUGGAAGAGCGGCCUCAGCCUGGAGCGCGUGAGCGUGCUGGAGUUCCUGCUCCAGGUGCACGGCUCCGAGGACCAGGAUUUCGGCAACUACUACUGUUCCGUGACUCCCUGGGUGAAGUCGCCCACAGGUUCCUGGCAGAAGGAGGCAGAGAUCUACUCCAAGCCCAUCUUUAUAACUGUGAAGAUGGAUGUGCUGAACGCCUUCAAGUACCCGCUGCUCAUCGGGGUCGGCCUGUCCACCGUCGUCGGGCUCCUGUCCUGCCUCAUCGGGUACUGCAGCUCCCACUGGUGUUGCAAGAAGGAGGUCCAGGAGACCAGGCGUGAGCGCCGCCGGCUCAUGUCCAUGGAGAUGGACUAGGCGGGCGCCCAGCCGAGGCAACGACGGGGACAGUCUAGGAGUGAUUUGGGCGAGAAGAGGACAGUGGUAUUUUAACGUGAAGUGUGUGACACUAAAACCCAGUCCUCUCUAAUCUCAGGUGGGACUCGGCGCUCUCUCCUCUGCAUGUCCAGUUCUGAGCGCGGACACGUUUACCAGCACACAGCUUUUCUUCCCACGGCACUUUCUGAGGACAAUCGAGUGUGUCUUUUCCCAACUGCGGCUUUUUAAUGGUUAACCUCUGUCUAAUUUUUUUCUCCUACUGGUUUAUAGAUCUCUGACGUGUGUGUGUUUAUGGCUUUUGUCCUGAGGGAUUGUGGUGAGGACGGGGUGAUGGCAUUCGGAGAUCUCUGUCCUGGGUGAGAGCGGCUUCAGGGUCGGGGGCAGGUGCCCGGGGAGCGGCGCCCCGCUGCCCUCUGCGCCGGCCGAGACCACAGAGACCUGUGCCGGAGGUGAACUGUACCUUUUCCUGCUCUGCCCCAUCCCCUGUUUUCAGGGGUUUAGACCACAUUUGAAUUCUAAACUUGCAGUCUGUAACUUCUUAUCAGGCCCAAAUGCAUAUUUUGGUUUUUGCCUCUCUUCCCCUUUCCAUUUCUUUGCUCUUUGCUUUACGUGAGCGUGCUGGAAUGGCAGCCCUGGAAUCUAGAAUUUGGCUCUCCACCGAGCACCUUAUCUUGACACCUUAGCCUUAAGAAUGAAUAUGAAGAAAACUACACAGCCACCUCUGUCCAGGGCAGUAAGAAGGUCCGCAAGGAAGAGGAGGUUGGGGACGUGGGAAGGAACGGACACUCCGAUAGAGUGGAGGCCACUGGGCUCUGAGGGGCCCCAGGGAGAGCGGAAGGCGUAUCCUGAGAGCUAGGUCUCUGCAGCCCCUGCCGGGAGGGUCAGUGGUGUGUCAGGAGGAAGAAGCCACCCCCGUCCCCCAAUCCUGGCCUUUGCAGGAGGCAGAGGCCUUGGGCACCAAGGGAUGGCCAGGAGGACGCGCAGAAACCCCACGUCCUUCACGGGCUGCGUGGUCUCCUUAACGUGAAGGACAGUUGCUGCUGGCGAGACUGGCUGAAUCAUGGAAUCAGAAAUUGCCUGGAAGAACCGUGCAUUUCCUCUGACCUUUUCAGUCCUUCAGGCCUUUGUAAGAUCCCCUGCAAGGGCUUAGUGAGAAAGGGUAGACUUUGUGGGGUUUGCUUUCUUAUUAGGAACAUGAAGGAAACCCAGCAAGUUAUUGCCAUGUGAACAGCCUACAAAGUAGCUCUGAGAGCAGUCUUUUUGGCCCGACUGCUCAUCCCAGGAGUAGGACCACGGACCAAAAGAGAUCUUCCGCUCCCUGAAGCGUCUGGCCAGCGGCAUCGCGCUGGCCUUUCGGAAGCCUCCGGUGGGGCUCCCUGAGGCUCACAGGUGACUCAUGCCCUACUUUGCACUCCUCUGUGCUGCUAUUGUGGCUCUGAAGGAUCUAACACUCCUCUGUCUUCCGAAGAGGAAAAAAAGACGCGUUUGUUUUGAGCAAUAAAGUUAUACAAAAUGAUGGCCAUUCAUGUACAGCUCUUUGUCGCAGUGGGCCGGACGAGCCAGACCCCUCCCCGCUCCCCAGCUCCCCUCCAGCUCCCUCACCCCGCGGCCCGCGAUUCCGUCCGCACUCAUCACCGAGUCCUCUGGAGGCAGACGCCCCCCUCAGUUCGUCCUUUUUGUUUUGCCCACCGAGGGGACCGCUCAUGGGAUAGGAACGGGACUCUGUGCUGGUGGCAGCAGCGCAGAUGAAUUCCAGGCACACAUGAAACCCGGGAGUACAGGCGGCAGGGGUGCCCCAGCGGAGCC